CUCUCUCCCUCUCUCUCUCUUCUAUGUACAUCUCUGAGUAAACCUGCAAAACCCUAGAUUAGUACAGUGGUCAUCGAUUCGCUGUCAUUUUCUUGGUCCAGGGGAAGGCGAGAAGCUCAACAUGGACGGAGUCGAUUCAACUCGAGCAUUCGUCAAAGAUGUCAAGCGGCUCGUCAUCAAGGUGGGGACUGCUGUAGUCACUCGGGCUGAUGGAAGGCUAGCCCUUGGAAGGUUAGGAGCACUUUGUGAACAGAUUCAAGAACUGAACUCCCAAGGAUACGAGGUUAUUUUGGUGACAUCCGGUGCUGUUGGUGCUGGUCGCCAACGACUUAGAUAUAGGAAAUUAAUCAACAGCAGCUUUGCUGACCUCCAAAAACCACAAGUUGAGCUUGAUGGGAAGGCUUGUGCAGCUGUGGGACAAAAUGGUCUCAUGGCUCUCUACGACACUUUGUUUAGCCAGAUGGAUGUGACAUCAGCUCAGCUUCUUGUGACUGAUAAUGAUUUUAGGGAUACAGAUUUUAGGAAGCAACUAACUGACACAGUCGAAUCAUUGUUGGCGCUGAAGGUUAUUCCUAUAUUUAAUGAAAAUGAUGCUGUCAGUACAAGGAGAGCUCCAUAUGAGGACUCUUCUGGUAUAUUUUGGGACAAUGAUAGUUUAGCAGCUCUAUUAGCUUUGGAGUUGAAAGCUGACCUCCUUGUUCUAUUGAGUGAUGUAGAGGGUCUCUAUAGCGGCCCUCCAAGUGAUCCACAAUCAAAGCUACUUCAUACAUACAUCAAAGAAAGGCACGAGAAGGUGAUCACUUUUGGAGACAAGUCUAGAGUGGGAAGGGGGGGUAUGACUGCCAAAGUAAAAGCUGCUGUUUAUGCAGCCCAUGCCAGCAUCCCUGUUGUAAUUACCAGUGGCUUUGCUACUGACAAUAUCAUAAAAGUACUCCAAGGAGAACACAUUGGUACCCUCUUUCAUCGAGAUGCACACAAAUGGGCCCCACAUGGAGAAGUUGAUGUACGUGAGAUGGCAGUUGCAGCAAGAGAAUGUUCCAGACGACUUCAGUCCUUGUCUUCACAAGAAAGGAGUAAAAUUUUGCUGGAUAUAGCUGAUGCACUGGAAGCAAAUGAAAAAGUGAUUUUAACUGAAAAUGCAGCUGAUGUUGCUACUGCCCAACAGGCUGGAUAUGAGAAAUCAUUGGUAUCUCGGCUGGCACUAAAACAGGGGAAGGUUUCAAGUCUUGCAAACUCAAUUCGAGUGCUCGCAAAUAUGGAAGAGCCAAUCGGUCAUGUUUCGAGGAGAACUGAGCUUGCAGAUGGAUUCAUAUUAGAGAAGACAUCAUCUUCCUUGGGUGUUCUCCUGAUUAUUUUUGAAUCACGACCUGAUGCACUAGUACAGAUAGCUUCACUAGCUAUCCGAAGUGGGAAUGGGCUCCUCUUGAAAGGGGGGAAGGAGGCCAAACGAUCCAAUGCAGUCUUGCACAAGGUUAUUACUUCAGUCAUCCCAGAAAAUGUUGGUGGGGGACUUAUUGGACUUGUUACUUCCAGGGAAGAGAUCCCUGAAUUGCUUAAGCUUGAUGAUGUGAUCGAUCUUGUGAUUCCAAGAGGGAGCAAUAAACUUGUUUCGCAAAUCAAAGCUUCUACAAAAAUUCCAGUUCUAGGUCAUGCUGAUGGAAUUUGCCAUGUUUAUGUUGACAAGUCUGCUAAUAUUGACAUGGCAAGGCGCAUUGUUUUGGAUGCCAAAACGGAUUAUCCAGCAGCCUGCAAUGCCAUGGAAACACUUCUUGUUCACAAGGACUUUAUGCAAGAUGGUGGUCUUAAUGAGCUUAUUGUGGAACUUCAAAUUAAAGGUGUUACCAUUUUUGGUGGGCCAAGGUUGCGCUCCUUGGUGAAUAUUCCAGAGGCACAGUCAUUUCAUCAUGAAUACGGUUCACUGGCUUGCACUGUGGAAAUUGUGGAUGAUCUGUAUGCUGCCAUUGAUCAUAUACAUCGGCAUGGAAGUGCACAUACUGAUUGCAUUAUAACAGAAGACCAUGAAGUUGCAGAAGUCUUUUUACGUCAAGUUGAUAGUGCUGCUGUAUUCCACAAUGCAAGUACAAGAUUCAGUGACGGAUUUCGUUUUGGACUAGGUGCAGAGGUUGGGAUUAGUACUAGUAGGAUUCAUGCUCGUGGUCCAGUAGGAGUUGAGGGAUUGCUAACAACACGAUGGAUUGCAAGAGGAAGUGGGCAAGUGGUGGAUGGUGAUAAAGGGGUUGUUUACACUCACAAAGAUCUCAGUUUACAGGCUCAAACCCAUGCCAAUGGAACCGUUUGACAAUCCUCUACACAACACAAAAUAAGUUUUGUUGAUUGUGUCAACCUUGGCAGGGGUUGUCAUGUUAGAACUACAGAAUUCUCAAGAGUCUUAGUGAAUUGGUUGGGACAGGUGAAUGGUUCGUCGAAUUCAAGGAGACAAAGGCGUAAUGUAACAUUCUUGUUAUUAAUCCUACACAUAUUGUAUCGUAAUCUUGAACAAGUUUAAUAUUCGUUUUCAGAUUGUAGCACUAAUAAACUGUACCGAGGGCCUAGCAGAGAGCUUCUAGUAAUCAUAUUUAAAUUUCAAAUUGGGCAAUGUAACCGUUUAAUUCAAGCGCAAGUUCAAUAAAUCUCUACUUUUUG